UUGUUAACAAUGGAAGCAAACAUAUCCUUUCCCGUAUCCUCGCUUCGUAACCCUUAUUUGAAGAGGUUCUUCAUCGGUGGGCUUGAGAUUAUUCCCCAUAAAUAAUCUCCAGCCUCUCUUCUUAAUCGUCUUGUUCUCUCUUCGAUUAAUUCACGCGUACAAUUAUAAUGGACGCCACCGCCAUGUCUCUGCGUCAGCCUCUUCGCUUUCCACCGACCGGUUGCGCCGCUGCCGCAACGGCUGCUUCGUCUUCGUCCAAGGAACUGAGAGAUUCUUCCGGGCUUGUUAGGUUGCGGCGGCGGAGGCCUAGACACGGAGUAUUGUCAACUGGAUUUCGUGAUCUGGGUCAUCUGCAGUAUUAUAAGUCCAGCUUCGAUUCUGCCGCCGUAACGGCGGCGGAGGAGACGGAGUCCGGGGGGAGGAUGAGUGUGAUGAGUGGGAAGGAAGUAAAGAGCGGGAAGGAGGAGAAGUCCGUGAAGAAGAUGAAGAAGAAGCAGUUGAAAUUGGUCAAGGGAUUGUCUAGGGAUUUAUCCACCUUCUCUCAGAUGGGAUUUGGAUUGGAUUCUGCAGGCGCGUUGCUUGAUCAGAUCAAGGGAAAUAUGAUCACGGAAGCAACGCAGCUUUUGCUGGAGCAGCUGCAGAAGGUGAAGGCAGAAGAGAAAGAAGCGAAAAGAAGAAUGAAAGAAGAGAAAGCAAGAGUGAAGGCAGCAAGUCGAAUGCAAAUCGGUGGUAAUUGCGAAACGUCGUCAUCUAGUUCUUCCUCUGAAUCGAGCGACAGUGAAUGUGGAGAAGUCAUUGACAUGAAGAGCCUAAAAACCGGGUUACAACAGGUGGAGGAGGAGACAUCUUCACCAUAUCCAACUCCAAUCAUACCAACCAUUCCACCGUCGCUCCAAAUUGAUGCUGAUCCGACACCUCUUUUGGCCUCACCUGAGGAGGAGACGGCGGUGAAGCCUAGCUGUUCAAGCAAUACAGAGGAUGCAGGUGAUUUAGGGUCGAAGAAGAUUGAGGUGUGUAUGGGAGGGAAAUGCAAGAAAUCGGGGGCUGGGGCGCUGCUGGAGGAGUUCCAGAGAGUUGUAGGGAUUGAAGGUGCAGUUUCAGGGUGCAAAUGCAUGGGGAAAUGCAGGGAUGGACCAAAUGUCAAGGUUGUCAAUGGGCCCACCACUGCCAUGGCCUCUCUGUGCAUCAAGGUAGGGCUGGAGGAUGUGAAUGUGAUUGUGUCCAGUUUCAUUGAUGAACAUCAGAGUCACAAUCACACUGGUUUUGCUGUUGCAUCUUAACAUAGGAGUUGUGCAUUAUUGGUUUUUUAAUUAGUUACCAAAAUGUACAGUAUUUUUCUUUAUAUUCUUUUUUAUCAGUUUGCUUGUUUUAGGAUUACAAGAAUAGAAAUAUGUUUGGACUUCCAAGUUUUCA